UGAUACCACCUAUACCAAAGAAGGCCACUAUGUGGACCUCAGUCAAAACUCUGUUCAUUUCAAUUUUGCUUAGUUCACUACUAUUUGGAAGCCAUGGGAAAGGUGAUCUAGAAAGAAACACAGCACAAAACAUUACAGAAGGUUUCAUAACAAAAAAAGAAUCUGUUCCUCUGGCACAUGUAAAUGAAGACCCCAAAGCAAAUAAAACCUCUGUUUUAGAUCCUUCAAGCGAAAUCCCUGAAAUAACAGAGAUUUUAAAAGACGUUUCAGCAGACUCUCUUGGGACUUGGAGACCCACAUCUACGUUUUCUACAAGCCCUCCUUUGACUAAUGACGCUUCUUAUAAAUCUGUUGCGAACUCAUCUGUAGCAGAUGAAAAUCUUUGGCCAGUCUCAACACCUCUGAAUGUUACAUCUGCUGUAUCUUCAGAAAAUUCCACUUCUGUGGUCAAUGAAACCAUGGAAGCUGACAACAGUACCAUUUCAGUCAGUACCUCCCCUCCCACAUCAAAUACUAUGUCCAGGACCCCCUUGACAAUGCGGCCAGAUGGAUGGCUUACCUCAACUGCUGACAGCACGAUGGGGUUCACCCCCUAUCCAGAAACCACAACUCUACGGCCCACCUCGGAAUUGACUAAUAAUUCAAAUUUUCCAAAUACACCAGACCCCCAAGAAGAGAACAGAAAUACAGGAGUAGUAUUUGGGGCCAUUUUAGGUGCUAUACUGGGUGCAUCAUUGCUCAGUCUUGUUGGCUACCUGUUGUGUGGGAAGAGGAAAACAGAUUCAUUUUCUCACCGACGACUUUAUGAUGACAGAAAUGAGCCAGUCUUGCGAUUAGACAAUGCACCAGAACCUUAUGAUGUGAGUUUUGGGAAUUCCAGCUACUACAAUCCAGCUGUGAAUGAUCCAUCCAUGCCAGCAGGACAAGAAAACGCACGUGAUGGCAUCCCCAUGGAUGACAUCCCUCCACUUCGUACCUCAGUAUAA